AGACAAACAUAAGUGGAGAGCGUCUUCCUGAUGCUCUACGUGACAUAACAAAUUCGAGUAACAACAUCACAAAAGAUGCAAGAACAGAAAGGCGUCUCAAAUUGCUUCAAAAACGUAAAAAUGCGGAAUUUGGAAGCCCAGAGGUGACUCAAUCAGAGAUUGUGAACGUCCAAUCUGUAGGAUCAACACUACCAGGUUCAGCCAGAUCAAUUGACGGAGAACAAACUGUUUCUGCCAAAAACAAGAGCAGACGAUUGGAGAAGGCUGAGUUGGAAAGGAUGCUUUGCGCGGGUCAAAAAUUCCAAUUGCCAACUUGCACCGCUGGUAACUCUAAAAAGAUUUCAAACCCAGCAAAUAACAUUUCUCAAGCAACCAACGGUGAUUCUCAAGUCACAUUUCAGCCUACUGUCAAAGAAAGCAAUACUGGUCCUAUAUCCUCUACACCUACUAAUCUCUUAAUUUCAGAGUAUACAUCAACAGCCAUUACUGUGGACUCUGAUUCAUCAGAUAGUGGUGAUGAUUUAUGGGAUUGUUCGAGUAAUGAAGGUGGCGAGAUUCUGUCUGAUUCAGAUACAAGUGAUGACAUCAACUCGGAAGUUGAUAAACGCAAUGCACAGAAGAAAUUUGAUCUGGUUUCAAAAGCGGAAAAAGCUUUUGCAGAGAUGCUAAGUCGUUUGAAUAAGCAAAUUCCAGCAAAAACAUCAACAACACCAGUAGUCUGCAUUAAGAAAACUAAAGCACAAGAUUAUAAAGAUGAUGGUGAUCUAACUUAUAAAUGUGGAAAAUGUGGAGCUCUUUUUUGGUAUAAUGAACGGGUUGGUAAGAGCAGGCAUGCAAGUAUUCCUGUUUUUACUAUGUGUUGUAUGCGAGGAAAAAUCAAGCUUCCUCUACUACAAGAACCACCAGAAUUCUUGCAGAGUCUGCAUACAAAGGAUGAUGCUAUCAGUAGACAUUACCAACAAAAUAUUAGAGCUCUAAAUAUGAUGUUUUCCUUUACAUCUCUAGGAGGUAAGAUUGACAAUUCAGUCAAUCUCGGGAAAGGUCCUAAGGUAUUCAAACUGCAUGGGGAGAAUUGCCACUUGAUUGGUAGUAUGAAGCCUAAACCCACUGAAUCUGCUGAGUUCUCCCAGCUAUAUAUUCAUGAUACCCAAAACGAAGUUCAAAACCGUAUAGCUGCUUUGAGGUACGUUACACAGAUACGUGGGAGUUCAGAGAAAAGCAAGAUUAGAGAAGACUUGGUUGAGGCGCUAAUGAACAUGCUACGGGACUUUAAUGUUCAUGUCAAGACAUUCAGGAGUGCUAAGGACAGAUUUAAUGAUGAAGAAGAACGUCAGGAGUUAGCUCUGGUUCUAAUCAACAGUCGACUCAAAGAUGGUCAUGUAUACAAUCUACCUACUUCUUCUGAAGUUGCUGCAUUAGUGGUUGGUGAUUUUCAGGAAAAUAUGGACAAACGUGAUGUUAUUCUAGAAAAGAAUUCCGGAAAGCUGAAAAGGAUCUGUGAGCUGCAUCCGUGCUAUCUUCCACUUCAAUAUCCACUCAUAUUUCCCUACGGAGAAGAUGGCUUUCGGUUAGGUAUCCAAAAUGGGUACACGGGUGUCAACAACAAAAAAAAAAAUAUAAGUAUGAGGGAGUUUUUGGCUUAUCGAAUUAUGGUUCGUGAAGUUGGUUCUCAGGUUCUUCUACUUUCACGUCAUUUGCUCCAGCAGUUUUUGGUGGAUGCUUAUACUAUGAUCGAAAGCCAUCGUCUUAGGUAUAUACGGAAAAAUCAGUCAAACUUAAGGACGUUGAAGUUUAGCAAGUUUGUGGCUGCUAGAGAUGCUGGUAAUUCCACUGUGUCCAUUGAAGGGAAUCGUAUCAUCAUUCCUUCGUCAUUCACGGGUGGUCCAAGGUAUAUGCAUAAAAUGUAUCUGGAUGCAAUGUCUAUAUGCAAAUAUUUUGGCUUUCCAGAUCUCUUUAUAACCUUCACAUGUAAUCCUAAAUGGCCCGAGCUGACGAGGUAUUUUGAGAAGUACAACCUUAAAUCUGAGGACAGACCAGAGUUGUGUUGUAGACUUUUUAAAGUUAAACUGGAUAACAUGAUGGAUGAUCUGACAAAGAAAAAAUUGCUUGGAAAGACAGUUUCUGGAAUUUAUACUAUUGAGUUUCAGAAAAGAGGACUUCCACAUGCUCAUAUUUUAUUGUUCAUGGACUCCAAGCACAAACUUCCAGAUGCUGAUGAUAUUGAUCGGCUCAUAUCUGCUGAAAUUCCUGAUAAAUCUGAAGAACCUAAAUUAUAUGACAUUGUGAAGGACAUGAUGAUUCACGGUCCAUGUGGAAAGGUUAACAGAGAUUCUCCUUGUAUGCAAGAUGGGAAGUGUACCAAGUUUUUUCCUAGGAAACACGUCGAAAAGACCACUAUGGAUUCCCAAGGAUACCCUGUGUAUAGGAGACGAGAUAAUGGUGCCUAUGUUGAGAAGAAAGGCAUUCAAUGUGAUAAUCGUUUCGUGGUUCCAUACAACAAAGAGCUGUUACUUGCAUAUAAUGCACAUAUUAAUGUGGAAUGGUGUAAUCAGUCAAGAUCUAUUAAGUACUUAUUUAAGUACAUUAACAAGGGCCAAGACCGAAUCACAGGAACCAUUACUCAGAAGGCUAAUGUUGAGGCUACUGUAACAGCAGAGUCUACUAAUAGUACGGGUGCAGAAGGACACACAUCAGCCGUAGAAGGCGAUACAGCAGCUGCAGAGGGAGUGGAACCAACUAUUGAUGAAAUUAAGAAGUACUUUGAUGCGCGGUAUCUAUCAGCUUGCGAAUCAACAUGGAGGAUUCUUGGCUAUCCAACACAAUACCGUUCUACACCAGUUGAGUACCUUACUUUUCAUCUCGAGGGAGAACAACCGGUAGUUUACAAAGAGGGUGAUACUGUGGAAAGUGUAUUGGCGCGAGCUCAUCUUUCAAAGACAAUGUUCUUGGCUUGGUUUGAUUGUUGUGAAAGGUACCCAGAAGCUAGAGAGUUGACAUAUGCAGAAUUGCCAACCAAGUUUGUAUAUGAUAGUAAAGAAAAGGUUUGGAAUCCAAGGAAGAAAGGUUUUGCAAUUGGAAGGUUGGCUCCUGUUUCUUCAAGUUCUGGUCAACUAUAUUUUCUAAGAGUGUUGCUUAACAAGGUAAAAGGUCCAAGGUCCUACGAUGAUAUCAAGACAGUUAACGGCGUCGUUUUACCAAGCUAUGAGGAUGCAUGUUACGCACUUGGUUUGUUAGACGAUGAUAAAGAGUAUAUUGAAGGUCUAAAGGAAUGUGCUUUUUGGGCAUCCAGCGGGUCUUAUAUUGAGCGAGGAAGAAAUUCUGAAUGCAACACAAUGCCAAAACCCGUAUUUAUCGAAGACUCUGUAGCAGACAACAUGCUUUUACAAGAAGAGCUCAACUACCCAAGAGAAGAACUACGAGCUCAUCAUGACAAGUGGAUAAGACAGUUAACAGAUGAGCAAAGGUCUGUUUAUGAUGAUAUUUUAGGAUCUGUCCAGAGUGGUCAAGGUGGAGUUUUUUUUGUCUACGGGUUUGGAGGAACAGGCAAAACAUUUUUAUGGAAUAUUCUUUCUGCUGCAAUCCGAUCAAAGGGUGAUGUGGUUCUCAAUGUUGCAUCUAGCGGUAUUGCCUCAUUAUUGCUGCCAGGUGGGACCGCCCAUUCUCGGUUUGGGAUUCCUAUUAAUCCAGAUGAGUUCUCUACUUGCAAUAUAGAACCUGGAAGCCAUCAGGCCGAAUUAGUUGCGAGGGCUUCUCUGAUUAUUUGGGAUGAGGCACCUAUGAUGAGCAAGCAUUGCUUUGAAGCCCUUGAUCGUACUUUAUGUGACAUUAUGAAGAAUACUGAUGAAAAAUCAUUUGGUGGCAAAGUUGUUGUUUUUGGUGGAGAUUUACGACAGAUAUUACCAGUCAUUCCACAAGGGAACAGGGCUGAUAUUGUUAUGGCGUCUAUCAAUUCAUCAUAUUUAUGGAAGCAUUGCAAAGUGUUACAGCUAACAAAGAACAUGAGGCUUUUUUCAGAACCUGAUUGUCAAGAAGCUGAGGAGAUUAAAGAAUUUUCAGAGUGGAUUUUGGCUUUAGGUGAUGGAAAGAUUAAUGACCCUAACAGUGGAGAAACUAUGAUUGAUAUUCCCAAAGAUCUUCUGGUAAACAACUGCGAAGAUCCUAUUGAGGGCAUCGUAUCAGCAGUUUAUGGCAAUACUUUCAAAGAUACGAAGGAUCCAUUAUUCUUCCAGGAAAGAGCUAUACUGAGUCCUACCAACGAAGAUGUUGACGUUAUUAACAAUUACAUGCUUGAUCGUCUAACAGGUGAUGAGAGAAUUUGUUUGAGCUCAGAUAGUAUUGAUCCAACUGAUAAGAACUCUAAAGAUGACUCUAUCUUCUCUCCAGAGUUUUUGAAUAGUAUCAAAACUUCGGGUUUACCUAAUCAUGCGCUAAGGCUUAGGGUUGGUACACCGGUUAUGAUAUUAAGAAAUCUAGAUCCGACAGAAGGUUUAUGUAAUGGUACAAGACUACAGAUAACUCAAUUGGCAGAUCAUCUGAUUGGAGCCAAAGUAAUUACUGGAAAGCGAGUUGGUGAGAAGGUGUUUUUACACCGCAUUCUGAUCACGCCCACAGACUCUAUCCCUUUCAAGAUGAGGCGUCGUCAGUUUCCAUUGAAAGUAGCGUUUGCUAUGACCAUCAAUAAGAGCCAGGGUCAAACACUUGCUAAUGUUGGGCUGUAUCUACCUAGACCUGUUUUUUCACAUGGGCAAUUGUAUGUGGCUGUGUCUAGGGUAAAGUCAAGGAAGGGAUUGAAGAUUCUGAUUACUGACAAAGAUGGAAAAUCUCAAGUUUCAACCAUGAAUGUAGUAUUCAAGGAGGUUUUCCAGAAUCUGUUUGUAAAUCGCCAUGAAGUAUAG